UAAGUGCAGAGACAAGACCCAGCCGGAAGGGGGUGCCAAAACACCUGUCUUUUCCUGCAACACGUGCGCCGCCGCCCAACUCCGUCGGGCCCUGAAGGCCCUGAAGGCGUUGUCCCACGUGGUCCCAAAGGCCAUCCCAUCUACGUUUCCCCUGCUCCGCCCCGCCCUCAAGGCGUGCGUCCCGGCCUACGUGCGGCUUGCGCGCCGGUGGCCACCGGCCAUUCGUAGCGUGCCGGCAACGGCGCAUGCGCACAGGGAGACUGCCUAGCUACCAAGUUGCUGAAAUCAUGUUGGGGCCUGAGGCUGAUCGUGUGCUGCGCUACCUGGGAGAGGUAGAGGAGUUAGCCGAAGAGGUCCUGGCCGACAAGCAGCAGAUAGUGGACCUGGACUUGAAAAGAAACCAAAACCGGGAAGCCCUGAGGGCCCUCCAGAGAGACCCCAGCCCGUCCGAUAAAGUGAUGGUUUGCUUUGGAAACAUGUUCAUCAAGCUUCCCCAAUCACGGACAAAGGAUAUGAUUCAGAAAGAUCAAGAGCAUCUAGAUGAGGAGAUAGAAAAACUACGGAAACAGCUGAAAGGGAAGGUCAACCGCCUUUUGGAAGCCCAGGGUAAACCGGAGUUGAAAGGCUUUAACUUGAAGCCCCUGAGCCAGGAGGAGAUGAGAGCCCUAAAUGUCAUCUUGAAAGGUUGAGGUUCAACAACCAAAGACCAGCAUGGAACUUAAACCACUGAUCCCUAGAUGCUCACUGAAGAGCCACUUCCCAACCAUGGUGCUAAGGCAUAGUAGGAACUAGCUUCAAGAAUCUGUCAAUAGCAGUUUGCUACUAAAGACUUUUGUUUACAAGAUUUGGCUGCUCUAUUAAGGCCAGGAACCUAGGGCCUGUUAUUAUCCACCCAGGACGCCACCAGGGUGGGCCGAAACACCAAGCCUAUUGAUAGUCCUUGGAGAAGAUCCAAGAUGAGAGGCUGGGGCAGCAGCAGUGGGAGCAUUAGAAUGACUGCCACAGGCACUUCCAACAAUGUCCUGCUGUCUGGGAGUGUGCGUUUUUCCUUUGCUUCAAACCCACAGUUUGACUAUUGUUCUAGGCCUGGGGAAGGGAGUGGGAGAGAGUGAGCACUUCAUUCCAGUAUAACUUCUCCUUCCCCUCUCCUAGUUGUGGGGAAAAGAUGGAGAAGAGAGACUCAGUGAUGAUGGAAAGUGUUUAUAAUAGGUAUGAAUAAAAGAGCAAAGCUCAAUGGUG